AUGCCAACGCCACCCCAGCUCAAGGAAGCUCCGAUAGAUGGCCAUCGGCCGAUGAAAGUUCGAGUUAUAGGGGCUGGCUAUUCGGGAAUCUACCUAGGAAUUCGCAUACCACAACGUCUACGCAAUGUAGACCUGCAAAUAUACGAGAAGAACGAGGCCGUUGGGGGGACAUGGUGGGUUAACAGGUAUCCCGGUUGCGCAUGUGACAUUCCAGCACACUCAUACCAAUAUUCAUUCAACCCCAAUCCUGACUGGUCCGCCUUCUACGCACCCCAAAAAGAGAUUUGUGCGUAUCUUCAAGGCUCAGCCGAGAAAUACGGGGUCAUGAGAUAUGUGAAACUGUCGCACAAUGUAGAGUCUUGUCGGUGGGACGACAGCAGGAAGAAGUGGAUUUUAAAUGUUAAACGAACGGAUACUGGGGAGAUAUUUGAGGACGACGCAGACGUAUUGAUCGCAGCCCGAGGCAAUCUGAGCGACCCUGCCUGGCCAAAUAUACCAGGCUUGCAGUCUUUUCAGGGGGAAACUAUGCAUUCGGCAAGAUGGAAUGAAGACUACGAUUUUAAGAACAAGCGAAUUGGUGUUAUCGGCAACGGAUCUAGUGCUAUACAAAUUGUACCAAAGUUACAAAAGAUCGAGGGAGCACAGCUAUCAUGUUUUGUCAGAAGCAAGACUUGGAUCACCAAUCCUUUCGGAGAUAGUGUGAUGAACAAACUUGGAUUAGACCCCAAAAAACUAGACUUCUCCCCCGAGCAACGCCAAGAGUUUGCCAACAACCCAGAAAAGCUGUACAACUUCCGCAAAAUCAUCGAGCUAGACGGUAACACCAUACACGAUGUUUCACUUCGGGGCUCGGCGAUGCAACAAGGGGCCAUCGGGCUCUUCGGCACCGCGAUGAGAGAGAGACUAGCGAAAAAGCCCGAGAUCGCCGAGUUCCUCAUCCCGUCCUUCGGCAUCGGCUGCCGACGCGCCACGCCGGGCCCGGGCUACCUCGAGGCGCUUGCCGAGAGCAACGUCGACUUCAUCACUGACCCCAUCGACACCGUAACCGCCACGGGGGUAGCACUGAAGUCAGGCCGCGAGGUCCCACUCGACGCCCUUGUCUGCGCUACGGGAUUCAACACCGGCUCGGCGCCCCCCUUCCCCGUCUACGGCAAAGGCGAGCUCUCGCUGCAGUCGCGCUUCACGCCGUACCCGACAGCGUACCUCUCACUUGCCGUGGACGGCUUUCCCAACUUCUUCAUGAUGCUGGGCCCCAACUCGGCGAUCGGGUCCGGGUCGCUGACGGUGAUCCUCGAGAACGAAGGGGACUACAUCGUCAAGGCGAUCCGCAAGCUGCAGAAGGAGGACUACGCGACCAUCAGCGUCAAGCCCGAGCGCGUCCGCGACUGGGCAGACUACUGCCACGAGUACUUCAAGAAGACCGUCUACACCGACCAGUGCCACAGCUGGUACAAGAGCGACGGCGGCUUCGGUGAUCGGAUCACGGGGCUGUGGCCCGGCAGCGCGCUGCAUGCGCUCGAGGCGUUGCGCGCGCCGAGGUGGGAGGACUUCGACUAUGAGGGCCUCGAGGGCGAGGGCGGGAAUCGGAUGAAGUGGCUCGGCGACGGAUGGAGCGUGACGCACAUGCCGAGCGAAGAUGGCAAGGGGUGGGGUGGUGAUCCGGCGUGGUACAUGGAGCCGUGCUUCAUGGACAUCCCGCUUCCGGGCCGCCCGGAGGAUGCGGAGGAGUUCAAGUUGCGGCCGUUUUCUCAUUAG